GGCGAUAUAUCAACGCUCAUAAUCUUUCCAUCGUGGCCUUGGAGUGUUUUUAGUGGUUGCCACGUUUUAUUGGACCAGAUCUGUAGAAAAAAAAAUACAGAAAAAAUUGUUAAAAAUAAACAAAAAUGAACAAAAAAAAGUUUUUUGCCAUAUAAACAAACAGAUUUGUCUAUUUCAAUGAAAGUGUCAAACUGCGAGAAUGUGAACCUAACCUCAAAUUCAACAUAAUUUCGUUGGAAUGAGACACAACUGUCAAACGCAACAUUCAUGAAAAAGAAGUGGCGCACAUGUUCAUCGAUUGUUGCUUAUUUUGUUGCGACUUAGUUUUUGUGUUUUUGAUGCGUGAAAAUUUGCGGUGAAAGUGAAAAAUGAACAAAACCAAAUUGAAAUACGUGAAAUACACAAAACAAGAGCUCGAUCGAUAUGUUCGUGAUAAAAAUUCGUGUAUCACACUAACAAAUAGUGAUAUGCAUGUCGGCUUUCCACCAUGGGGCUUUGCCAACUUUCAAGAAACACUCACAAACAUUAUAUCACGAGAUAAAAUCGGAAAGUAUGAUUCAAAGUUGGAUGGCAUCGUGUUGGAAGUGAGGAAUAUUAAAGUGUUUGGCUCUGUAUAUCCGGUGCAUGAUGACGAUCCAAUCAAUCACAUCAAUAUUAAGGCGAAUUUCUACGUAUUCCAACCACGAAUCGGGGCAAUUAUCAAAGGUGUCGUAAAACACAUCUCACACGGUCAUGUUGCGGUCAUUAUUUAUAGAGUGUUUAAUGUUUCGAUUCGAUUCAAUCGGGCCGCAGUGCGGUAUUCACUGAAAAUUAACCAGCCAAUCUCGUUUCGAAUCAAAAAGUUUGAUCUUCAUGGUGCGAUGCCGUACAUUGAGGGUGAAUUGAUGGAAACGAAUAAUGCAAUCAAAUCGGAAACAGUGAAAAAGCAUUUGAAAUUCGAAGAUGACGAUGAAAACACAGCGAAUGGCGGUGAUAGUGGGAUUAGUACUGAGGAAACGGAAAAACGUAGCUCAAAGAAUGUGAAACGGGAAAAAGGCGAAAGCAGCAGUGAUGAGAGCAGCAGUGACAGCGAUUCGGAAUCAGAUGAUGACUCCAAUGAAAAUUUGGUCAACGAAUUGUUUGCAAAUGUGAAAAUAAAGCAGGAGAAAUUAUCUGAUACGGAAAAUAAGACUGGCUCAAGAAAAUCAAACAAUGCAAAUGAAUCCGAUGACUCAAGUGAUUCAAGUUCGGAUGAAGAAGAAGAGAAAAUGCAUCGUCCGAUUCCGAUUCCGAUUGCGAAUAUAAAAAAAGAGAAAAAGUCAUCGAGCAGCAGCAACAGUAACAGCAACAGCAGUUCUAGCUCAGAUUCUGAAAGUAGCGACGAUGAAGGUCCAAAAACGCCAAUACCUCCUCACAAAAUUAAGAAAGAGAAAGAUGGCGAAAAGUCAACGACGUCAAAUUCAACCACAUUCAUACCUCGACCAAUUAAAGUAGAACCAGAAUCCGAUGUUGAAGGCAAAUCGAAGUUCAAGAAGCCAUCGGAAAACUAUCGCCGUAGUUUGGAUGCGAGUCAAGUGGCGUCAAAGUCACAGAAGCGAAAACGUAAUUCAAGCAUUAGUGAACAUUUGGACUCACUCGUUGGUGAUUUGUUGCACUCAACUACGAAUUCCGCCAAAAAGAAUAAGAAGUCGAAACACAAUGAGAGCGUUGACCAAACUUUGGGUGAUAUAUUAACACCGUUUCAAUCGCCAGCUAUGUCAUCAACAUUGAAACCAAACUCAAAAGAGAAUCGUGCAAAAAAUAAGUUGGCAACAAACGAAACUCCGUUGCCAUCACCAUCGAAAAUAAAGCAAGAGCCACAAAGCGAAGACGAAGCCGGCAAACGGAAAAAGAGCAAAAAAUCGCUGGACAAUAGCAAAUCAUUAAAAUCAAUUGAAGAUGACUUGUUCAGUAGUUUUCUUAAAUGAACAUUGCUUUUUCGAGAGGAUAUUUUCAAUUCCAUUUGAAGAAUAAUUGUUAAUAAAAAUAUUUUUAUAGAAAAUAAAAAGAAAAAACGAAAUUGAAA